AUGCGCGUCAUGUCUUCCAAAGGCCUAAACGGGAGUAGGUGGGCAAGUCGGUGUAAUUCCUCUAUUCCUUCUACUGGAGAUUGGACCUGUACUUCAUGUCACGCCUGGAAUUACUAUUGGCGACAGAAAUGUGUCAAGUGCGACAAAGGCUCUAACGUCGCAAGGGUCACUGAUCAAUCUCCCUCGGCACCAGUAAGCCAACAGAAGCAGCGAAUUGCUGAAGUGCCGCGUCUCGAACGAAACUCCCACAUUCACUCAGUACCGCUAGUAGGAUCUAAGCCAGAACCUUCCGCCUCGAAUGUCUUACGUGGAGGCCUUUCGGAAAGCCAUUGGGCACCUCAGCGGAAUGAAAGAACAGCAAUAGCCACAAGCAGCAAAGUCUGUAAAAAGUUACGAACGGUUCCAGACAAACUUCCUCAACCUAGUGUUUCCGAAUUUUCUUCAAAAGCUGCUGAUAUCAGUCUUCCUUAUCAAGUACAACAUUAUAUACUGAAUCUCAUGGAAAGAAUUCUAGAGGAAGCAUGCUAUGACUUUGCUCUUAGUUGGAUUCCGAAAAAACUAGACGAAAUGGGUUGGGACUGUGUCGAGGCUGUUGAACUUGCGAAAUGGAAGACUACACUCCCAUUAGAAAUACCGCCGCAUGCAUAUGGCCCUCAUUCUAGACUCGACUUGGAGACUGGGCUAAGUAAUGCCGUCAAAGUUCGUAAUGCAGCAGUACACCGCCAUCUAUGUAGUAAUCAGACGAUUAGAGAUAUGGCACUUCAGUGUCAAUCUUUGAUGUCCCUAUUUUCCGACAACAGUAGAUAUGAUAAAUUCAAGAUGCUUCGGUCUGAAAUCGGGAAAUGGGAAAUAAAUUCAAUAAGUCUGAGUGAUCCCAGAGCCAAAUUAGAGCAAGCGCUGCAAAAUAUAAGCGAGGGACCUAUUGAUGACAUGGACUGGACACCAAAUCCAGUUUCUAUAGAAGAGACCUUUAAUGAAGAGAGUCUUACAGAUAUCGAAGAAUUUAUUGAUAGAAUGGAGAUUGAUCAGGAUUAA